UGCACCGUACAUGUCGUCCCACCCACAACAAUACAGCACCUCGGCUUCGGAAGAACAGCAACAUGCAGCAGCAGCAGCAGCAGCAGCAGCCAUGUAUCAGCGUCAUCAUCCUUACGCCUCAUCGGGCUUUUCCACAUCUUCAACUUCCAUCAUCCAUCAGCAAUCUAAUAAUAGUAAUAAUAACAGCUCCAUCAUGUAUCGACCGUCGUCAUCAUCAUUACGACAACAACAACAACAACAACAGCAGCAGGACGAUUGGGUCAUGUCGCCACCUUUCUCAGACCACACUGAAUUGCAGCAACUCGUCCUGGGUGGGUCGUCCAUCAUUUCCGAUUCCGUCCCUGGUACGCCUGACGCUACCAACAUGUUUCCGCCGCAUGACGCCUCGGCAGCCGCUGCUACUGCAGCAGCCAUGGGCGGCACUACCACUACUGCUGCCCCCUUCUCUUAUUCAUUUGCAUCCCCAACCUCAUCUCUCUCUCCUUUGUCCAUGAUGCCUAGCUCGACAGACUGCCAACAGCAAGAGGACGAUUUCUAUUAUUUCUAUCAUCAUCAUUAAUAAUAGUACUCUCCCUCUCUCUCUCUCUCUCUCUCUCU